AUGGAGUGGUCUGGAAGGUCCACGCCGGCAGCCAGACGCCGGCCAGCCACACGCCGGCCAGGCAGCGGCCUGCCGGUGUCUAGACAGGGACUGCUGGAGGCCAGGCAGGGCGUGCCGGAGGCCAGGCAGGGACUGCCGGAGGCCAGGCAGGGCGUGUCGGAGGCCAGGCAGGGCCUGGCGCCGGCGGCCAGGCAGGGCCUGGCGCCGGCGGCCAGGCAGGGCCUGGCGCCGGCGGCCAGGCAGGCCCUGUUAUCGGCGGCCAGGCAGGGCCUGUCUCCGGCGGCCAGGCAGGGCCUGGCGCCGGUGGCCAUGCAGGGCCAGGCAGCGGCGGGGAGGCAUCGCCUGGCGCCGGCGGCCAUGCUCGCACCUGGCCAGGCAGCGCCUAGCCGCGCCCAGGCAGCGCCUGCCCGCGGCCAGCCCACGCCGGCAUGCAGCCACGCGACGCCGAGAGAGGGAGAUCCGACGGCUUACCAAACGAACAACUUCCACCGCGGGAGAUCAAGCGAUCAUCGUAGAUCACGCGUCGGAGAUGUGGCCGAAACCCAGGAAAUCGCAGCUGGGAGGGGGAACAGGGGAGUGAGAGAGGAAAGAAAUGAGGGAAUGGAAAAAGAAUCGGGGUUGAGUUAG